CAUGUCGUAGUCCACACCACGUCCGCUCUCAGAACAGACGUCGACGUUUUCAGUUUUUAUGAAUUUGUGAUUCUAGUCACUUCAUAAUUAUUUUAGUCAAAAAUGGAACCACAUUGGCAUGAACCAAAAUGAUCAGCUUGGGAAGACUGAACUAGGUUAGAAGCCAAACGUUGACCAGAAUAGUUGCAACUCUUGAGGUUAGACUUGGACAGUCCCAUUCUUCUUCUUCAUCGCAAUGUAUACUUUAUUAUCUGGGUUAUAUAAAUACAUGUUUCAAAAGGACGAAUACUGCAUUUUAAUCCUUGGAUUGGAUAACGCUGGAAAAACGACCUUUUUGGAACAAACCAAAACAAAGUUCAGCAAGAACUAUAAGGGAAUGAAUUUGUCCAAGAUCACAAGUACAGUUGGACUGAACAUUGGAACUAUUGAUGUGGGCAAGGCUCGUCUAAUGUUCUGGGAUCUGGGAGGCCAAGAGGAGCUUCAGUCUCUUUGGGACAAAUACUACGCAGAGUCCCAUGGAGUUAUCUAUGUGAUCGACUCAACUGAUGAAGAACGACUUUCAGAAUCAAAGGAAGCCUUCGAGAAAAUGAUCAGCAGUGAUGUGUUGGAAGGCGUCCCGCUCCUGGUGCUGGCCAACAAACAGGACAUAUUGAACUGUUUGUCCGUGCCAGAUAUUAAAACAGCCUUCAGUGACUGCGCACCAAAGAUUGGCAAACGAGAUUGUUUAGUCCAGCCGUGUACUGCCCUCACGGGGGAUGGCGUGAAUGAAGGCAUCGAGUGGAUGGUGAAGUGUGUGAUCAGGAACAUUCACCGGCCGCCCAGGCAGAAGGACAUCACAUAGAAGGCCAUCUGGGAUCUUGGACUUUAUCAUCAAGGGCAUUCCUAACAAAUCUUGGAGCUGAAGACCCUCCCCUCGUGUGUCUGCUGUGACUUUGAGCAGCUUGAUUAGUUUCUGGUGUAGGAAUUAAGGACAGAGUUUCUCUGACUGGUACAAGGAUUCUAAACUGUUGUAUGGACUGUCUUUGCCCACAUUUGAGCGCUUUUGUAAGCUUCUUCUUCUUCUUCUUCUUGUAAACAUUCCUAACUGCCGACUGUCAUAUCAGAACGAGCCACUGUGUCAACAGACUGAACGAGAGCUGAAGAUGGCUCGCUCUCUUUGACGAUGCAACGUUAAAAAAAAACAUACCGUUUGUUUGUUUGUUUGUUUCCUGAAAAGUGAGAUUUGGAGAUUUACCCAACGACAAGCCAGCGACGUUAAUUUAAAAAAUCAAAAAUGCAAAAGGGGUCAUUCCGAUGUUUUUGUAUUUUGCUUCAACUUGAGGAAUGAAUACCUGCAACGUUUUAAAAUGGGGAAUGAUGUGGAAUUGUAUAAACAUGUUCAAAUGUAAAGAUCUCUCGGCAUUCUUGUUAUCACGUCGCCCACAUUUUUGUUUUGUUUUGUUUUUUUCUGCCCCACUCUGUCUCCCUAUUUAAAAUAGUUGCGCAAAACCGCUGAGCACACGUUUGUUUGCAUGCGGAAUACUUGUUUCAUUUUGUUGCCCUGCACAUUGUAUUUGCCUUUGCUUUGGCAGUUGGAGUUAAAUGCUAACGUGAAUAAAACAAACACCAUGCA